AUGCUCCUUAGGGCCGGCGCAUAUGUUGAGGGAAAGACAUCAAAGCUUACCCGGCCGAUCCAUCUAUCUGCACAGUGCCGAGACCCGGCGUUCCUGCUGCUUCUGCUCGAAUACGGCGCGGAAUUCGAUUCCGUGGACUCGACAAGCAGCAAUGCGAGCCACUUCGUUGCCAAAACCGCGGUCGCGCCGGCCGAGUCUCUCGAAAUUCUCCUGCAAUGCGGUCUCCGGCUGGAUUCUAAGAAUGAGGAUGGGUGGAUGCCACUGCACUCCGUCGCGGCCAAUGGUGACUUGAGAGAGCCAUCGAGUCAAGAGAAAAUGAGGAUCCUAGUACGAAAUACCUCAAAUAUCGACUCGCACGACCUAAAAGGUCAGACGGCGCUCUGCAAGGCGGGCAAGAGAGGGGAUUCGGAGGCUGUCAGAACCCUGCUGGAGCUUGGAGCUGAUCCUCGUGCCGUUGACUUGAGCCAGAUGAGGAAGCCGCUUUUGAUUUCGAGGACCAACUUCGAGGACUGCGUCAACCAGAUACGCCAGGCUCAGAUAGCCAUGUCCAUGUGA